UCCCCAGUCUCAUCGUGACCAGAUUCCGCCACAUCGUGCGGACUGGAGGUGACCUCAUGAUCAUCGUGUUCAGACCGAUUCAUGCCGGGGAAACUCAAAACUUGAGUAACCAUUAAAAUCACGCACAAUAAAAGUGCUACCCGCCACAUAGUUGCAAUGCCGUUUGAACCUCAAGAAAAAAAUUGAAGUAGAUGCGCAGUCACUUUUUUCUCUUUUGUGUCUCCUGUUUGCUUUCACGCGUACAUCCACAUCCUUAUCUGUCCUGAGUACCACACUGGGACUCUGCGGAUCACCAGUCAGUCAAGGCUACACCGUUUUUUUUAUACAGCAGCUGCUUUGCGGUUUGUUAUGCUAGCCGGGAGGGAAGCGGCUCGGCUCACAUGACGUUACCCAGCAUUCCCUGCCUCUGGGCGCCGUGGGCGGGCUGCCGUUCACCGACGCCCCGUUGAGGAAGAAGCGGGGAUGCCUGUUGCUGUCGGCUCAGACAUGGAUCUCAAGGAUGUAUUUUCAGCCUUGGACACUGUCUGUGAAGAAAAUAUUUCCACUUUUUGUGGAUCUUCCGCUCUCGCCGACGGCGCUGUUAACCAGCGUUUGGUAGAGUGCUUGAAGCAGAUUCAGGAACACAGUCGGGCCCUCAAGCCGACAGUCGCUAGCUUCACUGCGGUCUACCACCAUUAUGACUUUGACGCAGAGACACCAGGGAACGGGUAUCGCACAUUAAUCAAGGUGCUCCACUCGUGUCUUCUACACAUCCUCCACAAGGGUCUCUACAUCGCCUCGAAUCACAAGAGCUCCUUCUUCCGGGCUGAUCACAAUGUUUCCGAAUUGGAGGCUUACUGUAGCGCUUUGCGCCAGCUGCGAGCGCUACUCUACCUAGCCAAGCGGCUAAUCAACGACAAUGAUUUCGGUCAACUGUACUCCUUACAGGACCUGGACCUAAGCCACAGAUACGUGCAGGAGUACAGCUCUUUGCACAAAGCCUGUUUCUACGGACGAUGUCUGGGAUUUCAGUUCUCACCAAGUCUUCGUCCGUUCCUCCAGACUAUUGUCAUAAGUAUGAUUUCGUUUGGGGAGACUUAUGGUAAACAGCAAUCUGGGCUAGGUUUGGCAGCCCUGUCGCUCCUCACAUCGGGGAAGUACGUCAUUGAUCCAGAGUUGCGUGGCGCAGAGUUCGAACGCAUCACUCAGAAUUUGGACUUGCAGUUCUGGAAGUCCUUCUGGAACAUCACAGAGUCCGAGCUUUUAACAGGCUUUAGUAGAAUAGCCUCCUACCCUGUACAGUUGAACCUCACGUUAACGAUACCUCCCAUUCCGUUACGACUACCUUUGGCAUCAGACCCCAGUCUAUCUACUGCUGUAUCACCUCCACUGGCUCACUGGGGGCCCGGGCCUGUCCACAUGCGUCUUAUCUCCCACGAGCUUCGAGAAGGACAGGACAGUGAGGAACUGCUGGCGCUUUCUCGCGACAGUCCGCCCUCGGGAUCUUCUUCCAAUCUCGCGGGAGUGCAGAAGCAACCACCGUCCCCGUGGUUGCUCAUUCAUUUCCAUGGGGGAGGCUUCGUGGCUCAGACAUCCAGAUCACAUGAAAAUUAUCUGCGAAGCUGGUCCAAGCAGUUGAACGUUCCCGUUCUCUCCGUCGACUACUCUCUAUCACCUGAAGCACCUUUUCCUCGAGCUCUUGAAGAGUGUUUCUACGCUUACUGCUGGGCCUUGAAAAACUGCCAUCUGCUCGGUUCAACAGCAGACCGUAUCUGCCUGGCUGGAGACAGCGCCGGGGGCAACCUUUGCAUCACCGUGUCCAUGAAAGCCAUGACGUGCGGUAUCCGGGUCCCUGACGGCAUCAUGGCUGCCUACCCGGCUACCUUGCUUACCACCGACGCCUCGCCCUCUCGCUUGCUCACACUCCUUGACCCACUGCUACCUUUGGGUGUUCUUGCCAAGUGCCUCAACGCCUAUGCGGGUGCGGAUUCUCAAACUGUACAACCUGCUGUGGGAAACAACAGUCUAAGAGCUUUAAGCAGAGACACUACAGUACUCUUAAGUGAGCUCACUCAGGGAGCCUCCAGCUGGAUCCAAUCAUUCUUGCCGCCUUUGUGGCCUACAAGUAGAACCCCUUCGCAAACACCGACAGACUCCAAAAGCACAGAAAGGAAUACAAGCCUUACCUCACCUGCAAACACCCAAUGUCACGUGGAUUACCCAGAAGGCUUCCAGCCUCUGCGGUCCCAGUGCCUUGCGGUUGUUCAGCCGACAUCCUGUCCUAUCAUCAGGAACCCAUUUGUGUCACCCCUGCUAGCGCCUGACAGCCUUCUACGAGGCUUGCCGCCUGUUCACCUCGUGGCCUCUGCUCUCGACGCUUUACUAGAUGACUCCGUGAUGUUCGCCAAGAAGCUACGAGACUUGGGCCAACCCGUUAGCUUGACGGUGGUGGAGGACCUGCCGCAUGGCUUCCUCAGCCUGUUGCAGCUCUCCAAGGAGACUGAGGUCGCUGCAGAAAUCUGCUUGGAGAAAAUAAGGGAGAUUUUCCGGAAGGAAGACACAGCAAACUGUUCUGACAAAGCAAGAAGAGAUUAAUCAUCUUUGGAGUUUUGUCAUUUUUUAAGGACGUUGCUUCUUUUAGAAACUCUUCGGUUUAUGAUCCACAAUGACAACACAAUUUGUUGUGUCUUUUUUUUCUAUGUUAAAUAUUGCACAGAAGUCGCAGUUGUUGAAAGUUUUAGUGCCUUUAAGCUGUUUUAUGUACAGUAUGUACACUCCUGAAGUACUAGUCUGGCUUCCAAAGGUGUUAAGGUUAAUGCUUUACAGUUUACAGGUUUGGUUAUGUAAUGUGAAUAACAGGCAUUCAUCUUGUGUUGUUGCAGUGGUUAUGUACUUAGCGUACUGUAAAUAUAUCCUAAUAUUUAU